CCCCGCAUCCCAUAUACACACAUCACCACAGAUCCGCACACAUCACCAAACCAUGACGACUCUCUCCCCAAGCACGACCUUCACCUACCCACGACACUACAACUUCCCGCCAUUCUUCACGCGACAGCCACAGCUCACGACGUUCCACGCGCAAUGUCGCAAAUGGUCGUUGCUGAUCCAAGCCUACUGUCGUUUCCACCGACUCUUCCGGCUACCGCUGGACUCGCCGCUGUUUACGAACGAGCGCUUGAAUAGAAGGCUGGUGCCGGAAGACGCGAGAGCCGUGUUGGAUUUUAUGAGGAGUGAGGGGAGGGCUGAGUGGGUGAGGGGCGGAGAGGAGAGGAGCGUUGCGUGGGUGUGGUGGAGGACGCCCGAGGAAUGGGCGGGGAUUAUUGGGGAUUGGGUCGAGGAAACGGCGCAGAAGAAUACGGUGCUGACAUUGUAUGAGUUGACGGAGGGAGAGGCGACAGUGUCGCAAGAAUUCCAUGGCAUGGAUCCCGAGGUGCUGCAAAGAGCUCUGGCUAUUCUCGUCAAGCGCGGCAAGGCACAGGUAUUUGGACAGGAGGAUCAACAGGGCGUCAAGUUUUUCUAGGGAGCGGCGGUGAGGUCAAGGCGUUUGAACAUCGACAUGGAGUUUUAUGAUAUGGGAUAUCUCGUUGCUGCAUACAUGGGUUUUCACACCUUGUUACACCCCCCUUGGAAUACAGGGUAUGACCUAUCACGACACCACCACCAUAAGCGCCAUGCCACCAACGAAACAGAAACGCACACGACCUUAUGACUCGUUUUGAGCCAAGUACUGCUCACUCCACUUCAGCUGCUGAGACAUCGCAACGUCUAGGAGCCACUCAUGAACUACAAUCCUUGGUAUCAUGUUACCCGCCUUUGCCAUCUCGUUGAACUUCGGCCAGAGCCUCCUCUCCUCCGGCCGCAGGCCAGUGAGCAGAUACACUGGCUCAGGUGGCCCUUCAUCAUCUUCAGGAUUUGUUGGCUUGAUUGUGGAC